AGAGCGAUUUCGCUUUGUGUCACAUUUCGUAUAACGCGCACCAUAAACGUCGGCACCAAGUUACAGCAGCAUUUCGCACACAUGAAAAAAAAAAUACAGAAUAUAAACUGAGAAUCGACAAUUGAGAAAGCUACUGCAAAAAAAUAAAAAGACAAAAUAAAAAAAAUACCGAAGGCAACAAAAAAAUAAUAUAGAUAUACACACACGGCAAUAAACGUGAAGCGAGUAAGCACAAAAACAAAAUAGAAGAAAAAUGCUAAACACAAAAGGAUCUUUAAGAAGAAGCCUACGCAAACGUGUAAAAUAAUUUUAGAAUAAUUAAAACGUCUCUUAUUUUAUCUCUCUGUUUCGAUAUCGUGUGAGUGACAUUUUUAAUAUUUUGGAUCUGAAGGAAAAUUGAAACAGAUUUUUGUUUUGUUCUGUGUGUCAAAGUCGUACGUGAAAUAAAUGCCACAGCAAGAGAACGGGAGGAAGACAAAAAGUUUUUUUCCAUUUUUUUCUUUCGAACAAUCGGCAAUUGAAAAUUGAAAGUGUUUGUGUGACCGCAAAAGUCAGAAAAGGAUAAAACAGUUAGCGCCCAAACUAACCGACUGUGUGGUAAAACAUCAAUAAAAUCAACGUCACAUUGAAUAGAACAAGGAGGUUUACACCGUGCGAACAAACAAAUCGAAAAUAAACAGGCUGAACGACGGAAAGCAAUUCACACACAACAACGUCAGACAAGAAAGGAGAAACCAUCAAACCAAACCAAAAACAAAGAGGACAAUUGAAGAGAAGCAACAAAAAAACGGGGACGAAUUAUUCGGUGGUACCGAGCGUUGAAUGGGAGCAAUUAACCGAACCAUAAAUGCAAUAGAAAAUUUCGGAAAAUGCGACAAACUCGUUCGCGCACAAAAGCACAAAUCCCUGAGGAUGUACCGCAGCUAGAGAAAGCAAUUGACACACUUAAUCAAAAAGAACUACGACAAUUGUUGAACUAUCGUUCUUCAGACAAAUCAUCGUUGUCCAGCCUUCGUGCCCGAAGCUAUGAUUUAUUGAGAACCAAUUAUUCAUCGACUAAAUCGAGACUACAAACCAUUUUGGAGAAACAAACCGAAACAACUGAAAGUCGUUCAACAUCACCGCAAAUUUAUACGGCACCUGUUUCCAGUCAAUCGCAAUCCAACAAUCCACUGACAUCUUUAUCCACUCCGGCCGUGCCACUUGGCCAAAUACAAUCGCAAGUGAGCAGCACACCGUACAGUUCAUUUCAGCCGCAGAUCACAUCAUUUUUACAUCAAUUUGAACAAUUCGCAAAUAACAAAAACCAGCAGCAACAAACUGCUCCACCGGUAAGACAAUCCUACCAGAGACACAUACAAUCAUCACAACAAACGCUGCCGUCAUUAGCCGUACCGCAAGUAAUAGACCGAUCGUCGGUUUCUGAUCUGUCGAACAACGGUAUUAUGUAUCAGCCGAAUUUGAAUGUGGUGCCACCGGCAACAGGCAACGGUGCCGUCACAUUACCUCACACAAAUGGUUUGGUCAACAGCACUGGCUACGGCACAGCAACAGUACCACCACAGCCAGGCGUUACACAGAAUUUACCGCAACAUCCGGAUGUGCGUUUGAAAAAGUUGGCAUUCUUCGAUGUGAUGGCCACACUACUCAAGCCAUCAACACUGAUACCCACAUCGAAUUCGCAACGAAUGCAAGAGGGCACAUACUAUUUCCAUCUGACGCCGCAGCAAGCCACUGACAUAGCUAGUAAUAGAGAUAUUCGGAAUAGCCAGAAAAUUGAACACAUCAUACAGGUUCAAUUACGAUUUUGUUUGUUAGAAACAUCGUGUGAACAAGAAGAUUAUUUUCCGCCUAAUGUUAUUGUAAAAGUUAAUAAUAAGUUAUGCCCAUUGCCAAAUCCCAUUCCGACAAAUAAACCGGGCGUAGAACCGAAGCGGCCACCACGACCGGUUAACAUUACCACAAAUGUUAAACUCUCGCCGACGGUAGCGAAUAAUAUACAUGUCACGUGGUGUACAGAUUACAAUCGAGGUUUCGUCAUAUCGGCUUAUUUGGUGAAAAAGUUGACGUCAAGCCAGUUACUGCAACGGAUGAAGGCAAAAGGAAUCAAACCAAUAGAAUUUACACGUUCUCUGAUCAAGGAAAAACUGAAAGAAGACGCUGACUGUGACAUUGCAACGACAGAAUUGCGCGUAUCAUUGAUGUGCCCGCUUGGAAAAAUGCGAAUGACCACACCGUGCCGAGCAUCGACGUGUUUGCAUUUGCAAUGUUUCGACGCAUCAUUGUUUCUUCAAAUGAAUGAGCGCAAACCAACGUGGAACUGUCCUGUUUGCGAUAAACCGGCACUGUAUGAAACACUAGUGAUUGAUGGCUAUUUUCAAGACGUAUUACAGUCAACCCUACUUCCGGCGGACACAAAUGAAAUUCAGCUACUAAAAGAUGGUUCAUGGGCAACACACGAUAACAAUUCCGAUUCAAAUUGUUUAGACACACCACGGAAAUCAACACAAAAAGUGGAAGUAAUCUCAGAUGACAUAGAAGUAAUCAUAGCCGACGAUUCGCCGAAAUCAAGUAUUAAGACACAAGCAAUGAAUGGUGGAAAUAAUAGUUCGACGACGGCGGCAAGCAAACCAAAUGAACCAUCGUCAACGACGACUGGAGACUCGGUGGAUUUGACGCUUAGCGAUUCAGAUGAUGAAUGUGUUCAAGUUCGUCAGGGGAACAACAACAGUACGAACAAUAAUUCAAGUGCUUCAAACAAAGGUCCAUCAGCAACGUCAGCAACACCUGUCAUUACGAAUGAAGACGAUGUCGAUAUGGCUGAAAUAAUAUUAUAGAAGAGAAACACCUCGUAAAAUAAGAAUCAUCGCAGUCUUUGACCAUUCACAUUGAAAACACACACACAAAAAUAAUUAACGUUUCAUUUUUUUUUUUUUUAAUUUAAUUUUUUUCUCUUUUUGAGAGUAAUUUUUCUUUCCAUUGUUCAUAAUUAAGAAGAGAAAAAAAAAAUAUCGUGGAUCAAUUUCUAUGGUCCAAUAGCUGAACUGAAUUGUUGUAUCACAAAAUAUUUUGUUGUAAAAGUGAAACCAGAGAGAAAAGGAGAAAAUUGAUUAUUAUUUGGACAUUUCGAAUCGAAAUUCGACUGAGACCCACCCACACACAGUGUGUGUGUGUCAUACACACAUUCAGUUCAUGCUAAAUCCAUUUCUGUACAUUUCAAAUCACACAGGCAAAUUUUGUUAGCUAUUUAUUAAUUAUUGUGUGUAAUUUCUAAUUGAUGUUUUGCAUUUCAAACUGGUUGGAAGGAACUGAAGAAAAAAAACACAAGAAUUUAGAACUAAAGAGAAACGCUUUGUGCAACAGAUAUGAAUAAAUGAAGAAACAAAAAUCGAAAAUCGUUUUAACAAAUAAUUAGCAAAAAGUAAAAUACAUGACAAAAAACAAACAAACAAAAUUUGUACGGAAUCAUUUCUACAAAGCGACAAAUGAGAAGCAUUAGUUUUCUCUUGUAUACAAACACAAAUGGAUUACAAAAAACAAAUUAGACUCUAUCGAAACGGGAAGCAAAUUUACGAAUGAAAAAAAAAUGAUCAAAAGCAAAAUGAAUGAGAAUCAAAUUAUAUUUACACGAAACGCAGGAUACGAGACAGAGAAGAAACGAACAUGGAACCGUGAAAAUGAAAUGACACAACAGUAACAAAAUGAGACACUGAAUACGAAAAAAAACAAAAGAAGAUAAAGUUGACAAAAGAGAAUAUAUUUAAGAAAAUAAAAUCGUAAUCUUAUUUAUAAAAUAUCAACAGGACUUUUGAUUUGACUCUUUGUAUUCUGUAUGUAGUGUUCAUUUUUUUUUCUUCGUUGCUAUUUUACAAGACCCACUGGUUUACAAGAGAUACGGUGCUGUUAUUCAUCGUUCAUCCAACUAAAAAGCGGAUUUCCGAAACGAAAAAGAAUAUCCGCGACUCGUCGACGUCGCUGUUUUUAUUACCUUCGAAGUAUGUCCCUUUACACUAUAUACACACAUUUAUUUCUAUUUAUUUUAUUUCAAUCGAAACAAACAUGUAAUUUCGUAUGAAUUUGUGGCUUUUGUUGAAAUGGUUUCCUUCACAUCACACACACACACACACUCACACAUAUUAAAUUUAUUUUCGAUGGGCGCAUUUAAUUUUUGUUUGUUGUGACAUAAUGCUUUCUCUUAAUUUUUAAUUUUUGUUUUUUUUUUCUCUCAAUGGAAUUCAAAGUCGAAUUGAAGCGUAUUCGAAAAUUGUAAAUGGGAAAAUUGUUACUAAAUAAGAAAUAUAUUGAUACACAUAAUGCUAAUGGUGUAUGCCUCUGGCUAACCAUGGUCUUGUUUCUUUCCAA